AUGAAAACCUGCAGUCCAAAUUCCUACUGUCAAGUAAAUUCAUCCACCUUUGGAAAGCUUAUUCGGUCAGUUUUUCCAGAUGUGGGGACAAGAAGGUUGGGCAAAAGAGGCAAUGCCAGGUAUCAUUAUGAUGGAAUAGAUGUCAAGGAGAACUCUUCCUUUUAUCAACUUUACUGUUCUCUUCAGUGCAAAAGAGUUUCUCAGAGCCAAAAGCCAGUGAUCCAGCCUUUGCAGGUCCAGGUGAAUUCUGACAAUGUGGAACAUAAUGGCUGGCUGGCAAAUGGAAAUACUCGUAGUUCUCUGGAUGCAUCUGGUUACAGGAGCAACAGCCUACAAAAAACAACAAAUUUGCACUGUUCUCCAUCUAUCAUUUAUUUGAAGAAUGAACAAGAAAGAUUUCGAUACCUUUGGACUGAAUUCAGUGGAUGCUAUCUUUUGGAGCAAGAAAUAGGGAACCAAUCCCUCUACAAAACGGUUGCACCGCUUGCCAAUGAGUACUCCAGCUAUUGUCAAGUUAUUUUACAUCUGGUGAGAAAUGGUGAGCUUGACAAGGUGGACAGCUAUAUCAUGUCAUUCUGGAGGUCUCUGCAGCCUGAAAAAAUCACACUGAUGUUCUCACCAGAUGUAUGCCAGCUGUUAAGCACCUGUGAUAGAGACCUCUUCAAGAAUAUAGACAACAUCCUAUUUCAUGAUUUCCUGGAGGACAUGCCUGUGCAACACAUGAACACAAUUCAAUUGUUUGGUAAAAAUGUUGAACUUUGCCUGUGUAAUGCUUUGAAAGAGUUUCCAUUACCACUCCAAGAAUCCAAAUAUAAAGAAGUUAGGAUGUUUAGGAAAAGACUCCAGAGAAAGAUCGAGCUUUCUAACAUGGCCAAGACAAUGAAAAUACUCUUGCAGGAUAACAGCAAAGUCACUGUUCUGCAAUCAGACUUGCAUGCUCUCUUCAGUGAGGGAUUUCUAGAUGUGCCUGGAAACCUCUUUCAGAAUUCCGAGGAGCUGCAGAAUGUCACAGAACUGAAAUGUUUGAAAGACUUUGUGUCUUUACUGGCAUCUUCCACAGAUAUUCGGGCUCUCCUGAACUGUGUGUCUUCAAAUCUUGACACUUUUGUCAUUCAGCCAACCAGGAGUAAAGAGGAGUUUAGAAAACUGGCAUCAGAUUUCCAGCUGAGAUGGAAUUUCCUACUGAGUGAAGUAAGCAAGGCUAUGACUCUCAGCUAUGCCGACAGUUUUGGAACCUGGCAUUUGUUUACUUUGCUACUCGUGGAUUUUGUGGCUCACAUUUUCCUGACCUAUAUAGAGCAGGCGGGAGAUGAAAGUUUCUGUAUCACAAAGCAAAAUGAACCCUCUGUUCUGUGGGUUUAUGAGCCCAGUCACGUCUGGGGCUAUUUUGCACAGGAGCAACCUUAA